GCCUCACUCGCCCUGGAACAAUGGGAGACAUGGCAGCCUCUGCAGACAGCAGAGACACACAAUGCACAUGCCCAAGGACGAGCCUUUUCUAGCUGUAGCAUAGAGGAAACCGGCUUCCUCGCCACACUCCAAGGGUGACGGCACUUUUAAGGGAGGAAAAUAAUCUCCUCCUCAACCGGAAAACAGAAAUGUAAGGUUGUGGUCUCUGUCGCUCUCUCUUUCUCUCUGUCUUUUCUUUUUCUUCCUCUGGUGCCUUAACAUUUCACUCUGCUGAGGAGGCUUUUGAUGCAGCGACUGGAUGACUGAAAAGUCAGCAGGAGGAAGCUCCUUGGUUUUGUUGCUGGUGGGAGACAGAGGAGCGUGACAGGAGACUGACUCCUCUUUAAAGAUCAUAAGGAGAGUGGAAACCACAGAUGAGAACAAUGUCUGAUGAGACAGAACAGAGAAUGUGUGAUGAGGACUUUGGCACGGACGAGGAGGGUGAGGAAGCAGACGUGGAGUCCUACCUGGAGGACAACAGCAGCGAGCUCAUGGAUCGGCUGAGAGAGCUCGAGGCUGAGAAUUCUGCUCUGAUUUUGGCAAAUGAGAGUCAGAGGGAGGCUUAUGAGCGAUGCCUGGAUGAGGUGGCCAACCACGUGGUCCAAGCUCUGCUUAAUCAAAAGGAUCUGAGAGAGGAGUGCAUCAAGCUGAAGAUGCUGGUGUUUGACCUGGAGAGACAGAACCGAGCACUUUGUGAGCUUUUCCAACAAAAACUGCCCAACCACCCUGCUGCUCACUAUCAGGUCCACGCAGGACCCCUCCCAGACUACAAUGCACAGCUGCACAAUGACUCUGCCAAGCAGGUGGAGCCUGCACAGACUGAAGCACAAGCCAAGGGAAAUGGCUACCGCACACAACAUGCUUCCCCGGGCCCUCGUGGCCCCGCCGCCUCCAUGGAGGCGCUGUCCCCCUUCUUCAAGAAGAAAGCACACAUCCUGGAGGUCCUGCGCAAGAUGGAGGAGACGGACCCUCUUAAGUUCCACCCGUCCACCACGAGCCUGUCUUUCUGCGACUACAGCCAGGUGCUCAUGUCCACGGAGGCCGUUCUGGCCACUGCAGACCCUCUUCCAUUACAGUGCAAAUCCCACCACACACACUGCCGCUGCUCCUGCUCUGACGCCGACACGCACCACCAUGUCAACGGCGACGGCGCGGUGAAGUGUGAGGGAGGGAGCACCUGCUGUUUGCACUGCAAGAAGAGUCUGGACAGUCCCCCAAAGCCAUGCAACCACGUCUGUAGCCCUUCAAAAGCCACUCAGAGCCAUGUGGUUCCUGCAGCUGCUAUGAGUGAAUGUCACAGUAAGUCUGUCCCCUUGUCUAAACAAUGCACCAAGAAUGAAGCCCACCAGCAACCAGCAGGCGCCACUGCCCACUCGUCAGUCACAGAAGCAGCUGAUCACAGUCUGGAGGUGAUGGGAGUGGAGCAGGAACAGGACAAUUCCACAGAGAGUUGUCUCAAGGCCACUUCCUCUGAAGAGCUCACUGGUUUCUGUCCCACGACCCACCUGCCCAGCUCUGUGAAAGAAAUCUCCCUCCUUGACAUGGAAACGAGUGAUAGCGUCCACAAUGCCUUGGUGCUCUCCGCUGUCAACGACGGUUCAAAUGACUCCUCAUCCAUCCCAGAGAAAGACAGCACAGAGCAGGAGGCCUCCUCUGUGAGAGCCGGUGCCUCUGUCAGCCCCAGCCCCUCCUGCCUCAGUGACGUCAAAGCCGCAGCCAUCAACUCCCCGUCCAAACUGCUCAAGUUUUUAAAGAUUCCCUCAAUUGGGGAGAAGUCUCAGCCUUCGACCUCUCCUGUGCGCCUGAGCCCCCAGCUCACCCGCAGCUCCAGGAUCCCAUGUCGCACCAACAACUACGAGGUCUACCACUCUCCUGUUCCCACAAGAAGAGCCACCACCACAGAGCGGUGCAGGCAGCCCCCUCCACCACCUGCCAGGUCUGAGUCCUACCCCGCCACGCACUCCGCACCAACCUCCCCUCCACAGCCUGAAGACAUCUGCUCCCCGCCCGCUAAGGAAAUAAGCUACAGCAGUCUCUCUGCACCUAAAGUCAGUGCUGACUCAAAGAUGGCUGCUUCCUCCUCCACAUCCUCUUCCUCGCCCAAAGUAUCCCAGAGGGUUCCUCAUUAUGAAAAUGUCUGUGAAAUGUCUACUAACUCUGGACAAGAGGAGCCCACCCAGGGCCUGGAGAAAAGAACUACUCUUCCAUCUCAAACAAAAGCGAGCAGUGGUGAGCGGAAGCUUGUUAAGUCACUUCCAGAAAGUGCCCUGAAUCCUCCUCCUCAACGAAAGCAGUCGUCCUCCUCUACAUCAGAGUCCACAUCAGAUGAUGAAGAAGAUUCAGACAGUCCAGUGUGGGUUAACCAUCACAGCCUGCCCAACUCAUCCGCUCUCAGUAAAGCUCAGGGCAGAAACACAGAGAAACAGGAGACUGGCGUAAGGCAGGGCACCGUGCAGAGCUCUGGGGUCGCUCAGCCUCCACCGCCGCCUCCUGCCAGAAGGAGCGACUCCUCUUCUAUCCCCAAGAGACCUGUGAGUAGUGCAGCGAGAUCCCAGACUGACUCCAGUCACCACGCUUUCAAAGACAGGCUGGCUGCAUUGGGUAAACUGAGGAGCUCUGAGGAUUUACAGGUCGGUCUCAGGCUGGUCGACACUGCAAAUGAUGGCACUUUUGUGGAAGAAAGGAGCAAGACAGUGGAGAGGCCCAUGGAGCUCCCGAAAGAGGAGCAGAGACACUCAAAACACACAGACUCUCUAGACGGUAAACCUAAAAUUGUCAGUGGUGGUUUGAAAUAUCCUGGGUCAACUCAGCUGUAUGAGCAGGCGAUAAAAUCUCAGCCUCCUGCUGCAGUGGUGAAACAAGAACUGUGUGUGAUGAAGCCUGAAGGCUCCAAGAGUAAAAUAGGUCUGCCGUCCCCCAACACGGAUGCUCCACAGGUGCUACGCAACAACAUCAAGUGUCCUGGCUCCUUGAAUCUGGCCUAUAAUGUUAAACCUGGUUCUCACAGUCACAGCAGCCCUAACAAAAUCCCUCCAAAGUCUCCGUCUAAACCUUGCCAAGGCCCGUCUGUCCACAGAGGGGGGAAGCCCACAGAGGCCCCGCGUUACUCAUCAAAAUCAGAAGAGAGAACCAAGAUCAGUGGGAAAGGGAAAAAGAAUCCCAUGUAUGGAGACAGCCUUCCGCCUCCUCCUCCGAGACCUCCAACAUCGGAGGGGGAGAAGCCCCUGCAGCCAGUGCCCAGCCCACAAUCUGCCAUCGAGCAGAAGGUGAUGAAAGGAAUUGAGGAGAACAUGCUGAAGCUCCAGGAGCAGGACAGAGGAGGGCAGGCCAGCGAGGUCAAGCAGAAAUCCUCCAAUGGCAUCGCAAGCUGGUUCGGCCUGAAGAAGAGUAAGCUGCCCGCACUGAGCCGGAAGACGGACGCGACCAAAUCAAAGGACGAGAAGAAGGAGUGGAAGAUAAACAUCCCCUCAGUGGGGAGGGACUCUGUGAAAAUGGCCACAAGGUGUAAAGAAGGCGUGGAGGGUCUGAACAUCUCAACCCUGAUGGAGAAGGCAGAGGGUCUGAGGAGGGCUCUGGAGGAGGAGAGGGCCUAUGUGGAGCGGUCAGGUCGCGGUCACUCCUGUGAGGUUGUGAUGGACCAAGCACAGGGACAGCUGGCUGUCAUGUACAGGGGAGCACGCUCCGACAACUUCAUGCAACAGCUGCUAAACAGAGUGGACGGUAAGGAGAUGAUCAGUGUUCCCCAGCACCGGCUUUCAUUUGACUGUAAGACCUCCAAACCAGUGUUUACUCAGCAGAGCGACGUCAUCAGUCACACCACCAGUCGUGACGACAUGGAGAAGGGAUCAGACAGAAUUGGAAAAAUCACAUCAGAUGAAAACCUUGCAGAUCCAGUUCACGCUCAACACUUUGCAGGUUCUGGUGCUUCCACAUACACACUGGACAGUGGUAUCGGCACGUUCCCUCUGCCCGACUGCAGCGGCAGCGCAACAGGACGGGGCCUAUCGAAGAUGAGAGCCGGCUCUGAGCACCACUCCUCAGGCUCGCCGGGGAGAGCAGGGAGACGGGCACGCACCCUGGACAGAGAGCUGACGACGCAGGAAGAGUGUUACGCUCAGCACAAACAACUGAUUCCCACUAUACAGUACGGCGGCUCCAUACUGGAGGGAAGGAACUCAGCCAGCGUCAUCCGCGAAGACAAAGAAGCUCAUGGAGCAAACAUGUUCUCUCCUCGCACAAAGACUUGGACCUUCCCCAACCUCAAGACUCCAGCAGGACCUGCAGAGGUUUACCUGGCAGUGGAGGAGGAAGAAGAGGAGACGGUGUCCUUUGGAUCACCGUUCAGAGGGAGCAUGAAGGCCGGUGGUCCCUCCUCCAGUCGGAUAGUUGACCCAGGCAGCUUGCCGGUCCCUGCCCAGACGGGGAUGAGCCGCAGGGGAAAGAGCCGCACUCCCAGCGUCCCCGAGAUGAGCCGGGAGUCUGGGCUUGAGCUGCUGAGGGAGAGGCCGGAGGAAGCGCUGUCCCCAAGCCGACCUCAGGUCCUGGAGACGCCGGAGUCUCUGAGCGAUUCUCUGUACGACAGUCUGUCAUCCUGCGGCAGCCAAGGAUGAUCCUCAGACAGAACUGGGGAGACAGUUACUCAUCUAGUCCACAGAUAUAAAAAAAAAAACACACACCCAGCGCCACUCUGACCACACGUCUUCUGGCCACGGGCUGUUCUGUGAUGCUGCUGAACCCGCUGCCACCUUUUGAGGAAAAGAAACUGUGUCCUGUUGAUGUCCGCACAGAAUAAUCUGGUGAUGUAUCAUCAGCUGCUUCUGCUGCAACUGGAAAGAUGAAUGGAUAGACUUCUCCUCAGGAUUUCAAAUAAAACAUGAAGCCAAAAGUCACCCAAAUGACCUACGUUGUUCACUUUUUUCACAAUCAGACUCGUCUGUGGAUCCUUCUCUUUAAUUCAUGUGUACAGGACAGCAAGACGCAUGGCCACGCUAGCGAUUAGCACAAACCCUUGACACUCUGGUAGUUGUUCGGCAACUUGUCUUUUGUGUUUUUUUUGUGUGUUUCUCAUCAUCGGCAAACACGUCUUUGUUGUACAUCCAGGAAGCAGUGAAGCGCUAACCACUUUGAAAACUGAAGUACUGUAACUGUAUCAAUGCGUCAAUCUUUCUGUUUCUCAACAUCAUUUCAUCACAUAAUGUGUUGGAAAAACAACAAAAAAAAAACAUUGGAGCUCUGAAAAGGAAAAAAAAAGAAUGUUCAUGUCUGUGACUCUUAAUUGCUCAACUCAUGCAUCACAACUUUAAAUGUAUAAACGACUUUAUUGAUCAUGUUGAUAUUGGGUUUUUUUCUUCGACCGAGGACGGUUGUCAGAAUGUGUCUGUUUGAAAUCAUACUACAUUUAAAGGUAAUAUAAACCAGCAAUAACAGCAUAGAAAAGAGAAAUGGCUACACUAUUCGAUGAAUAUGUAUUUCUAUUAUUUAUUUAUUUUAAAUGUGCAUCAUUUUGCGUUCAUCGUCUCUUUUCUUUAAUUCUUUUUUGUUAUCUCUGUGAAAAUUGCAGUCUCCUCGCUUAGUAGAUUAUGUUCAUAUCUUGUAUUUCUACAUCUCCGUUGCUGUUUGUUAGCCCUAGCCAAUAGAGGUCGUAUGUACCUACUGCCGUUUUUCAACUUUCUAAUUAAAAUGUUUUGAUUUA